AAAUGCUGAAAUGACAACUCUUUGUUUUCGUUUGGUGCGUUGUUUUACUUGCUUGUGUGGAAAACCAGCAGCUCAUGAAAAGUUGAAAUUUAUUAUUGUAAUAAUACUUUUUGUGUAAUCAUGUCGGGUUGUGAUGCACAGAAGCCAGAAUGUUCCAAAGAUAAUAUAUCCACUACCUCCAUUGAUGAGGGCCUUCCAAGAGAACUAAGUCAAUUAAGUCUUUCGAGUGCUUCAAGCCAGGAUGAGUUCCAUCGUGAUAAAGGACAUUCCGAAAAUACGCUUAAAAAUAUAUAUCAAUACUUUCAAGCACAAAAAUUAUGUGAUGUAGCGCUCAUAGCUGGAGGAUGCAGAAUUCCAGCACACAAAGUAAUGUUAGCGUCUUGCAGCGAGUAUUUCGCCGCAAUGUUUACCGGCUCGCUAAGGGAAGCUCAAUUGACAGAAAUAACAUUGGAGAGGGUUGACUCACAAGCCUUACAAGCUCUUGUUCGCUAUUGUUAUACAGGAACUAUUGAAUUGAGGGAGGAAACAGUUGAGGUCCUUCUUUCUACAUCCAGCUUACUACAACUAAACUCUGUCACGGAUGCAUGUUGUGCUUUCCUAAAAAAGCAACUUGAUCCAUGUAACUGUUUGGGUAUUGCCUUCUUUGCUGAACAACAGUCUUGUAUGAAUUUACACAAAAGUGCAAUAGAAUACACAUAUCAACACUUUAUGCAGGUUGUGAAGCAUCAAGAAUUUUUGUCACUCCAAUCAGACCAGUUAGCUAAUUUGUUGAAGUCUGACGAUCUCAACGUGGUGACUGAGGAGAAUGUGUUUGAGAGCCUGAUGACAUGGGUGCAGCAUGAUAGACCCAAUAGGGAACAGCAUUUGCCUAAUUUACUUAAGUUGAUAAAGCUACCACUCUUGUCCUCUGAGUAUUUAAUAGACAAAGUAGAGUUGGCAUGUGGUAAUGUCACUGAAUGCCAGCCUUUAAUCAUGGAGGCUGUCAAAUGGCAUCUCUUGCCAGAGAGGAGGUCUUUCUUGUUCUCACACAGAACAAGACCUAGAACCUCAACCAUUGGGCGACUGCUAGCUAUUGGAGGCAUGGAUGGAUAUAAGGGCGCUAGUAAUAUGGAAAUCUAUGACCCAAGAACAAAUACAUGGUCACCUUUUAUGAGGAUGGGAGCCAGAAGGUUGCAGUUUGGAGUUGCAGUGAUGCAAAACAAACUGAUAGUUGUUGGCGGAAGGGAUGGUCUGAAAACUUUAAAUACGGUGGAAUGUUUUGAUUUGACUUCAUUGAGCUGGAGCACUUUAGCCCCAAUGAACACACACCGACAUGGACUAGGAGUGGCUGUUUUAGGCGAUGGGCCAAACUCGCCUGUGUAUGCUGUGGGAGGCCAUGAUGGAUGGAUUUAUCUCAAUUCUGUUGAGAGAUGGGACGCGUGCUCGCGCACGUGGACGAUCGUGUCGCCCAUGGCGGGCGCGCGCAGCACGUGCGGCGUGGCGGCGCUGCGCGGCCGGCUGUAUGCGGUGGGCGGCCGCGACGGCGGCGCGUGUCUGCGCUCUGUGGAGUGCUACGACCCCAACACCAACCACUGGACCAACUGCGCGCCUAUGACCCGGCGCCGGGGUGGAGUUAGUGUUUGCGCUGCGGGUGGAUACCUGUACGCUUUAGGUGGCCACGAGGCUCCUGCCAACACAGUGGGCGGCAGACUGGCGUGUGUGGAGCGGUACGAUCCCGUGGCCGACUCGUGGGUGUUACUAGCGAGGCUCUCCCUUGGCAGGGACGCGAUAGGGUCGUGUUUGCUGGGAGACAGGAUUGUGGCCGUCGGGGGAUACGACGGUGUGCAAUACCUCUGCGUGGUAGAAGUAUACGACGCAGAAUCGAAUUGCUGGCGGAAACUCGCGCCUCUCAGUACGGGCCGCGCGGGCGCCGCAGUGGUCGCCGUGCCGGCGCCAAGGAAUCUCUUCUGAUACCGCAACUACCAACUACACGUCUACAUUAUGGCGUGAAUAGUACAGGACUACCCUGUUAGGCUUACCGACAAAAAAAUGAGAGGAAGUGCCACCCCAAAUUUCCUUUUUUUUUUUGUUUAGUCUAAACAAAAAAAAAUAUAAGAAGAAGGCUCUAAUAGAGCCUUCUUCGGUAAUAUUCUCCUUUUUGUCGUCGUCGUCUUUUUAGCUGGUUCUGUAAGCUGAUUACGAUUUUUCGACCGAAUAUUACUUACCUUGUUGAAUAUUAGGCCGCAAGCUGUAGACGCUGUUAGCUGUGUUCCUGGUGACGGGGAUUUAAAAUUUUUUUUUUUUAUAUGUAUCAAAGCUGCGAUCUUGUAAAUAUAUACAUAUGUGAUAUGCCCCAAUUAUGUUAUGCGGUGAGUCAACCAAUCGGAAGGACAACAAAUGAAGGGGGAGAGUAGGUAAGUAAUAAACACUUCAACGUAAAAGUUCUAAGUCUGUCUUGAACUAAAGAUCUGUUCACACGGCGCAUUGUGUCAAUUAAGCGCUAGCACCGCGUAGUUUAAAUAAUCAUAACGUACAAACAACUUUUGCCCGCAAUACGAAGACUCAUUCUGCCGUGUAUGUAUAUUACCUUUUUUGUAUACCAAUUAUGUUAUUUUGUCACUUAUUCCGUUUUAGGACGUCUGCGCUGUUUUACUAACCGACAUUAUAUUAAUUAAUUAUACUAAAUGUAUCAACGCUAUUCCAAUUUUUCGAAAUAAGUCGAUAAUUGUGUAUUAGAGUAAACGUGAGCAAUUGUUUAUAAGUAUCCAUAACAAUUAAAUUCAGGUUGACUUUAGACCGAAAUCUGUUUCAACUUUUUAAUUUAAGUUGACUGUGUAUAUUUUUAUGAUUGUCCGCCGAAUCACCUAAAUAGGAAUGGCAUUGUCAAUUUCUUCGUGAUAGUUUAGUAUAUAAAUUUACCGAACAUUUAUCAUGUAUUGUUAUUAGUAAUAGUGAUUACAGAUAUUGAUCAUAAUAUACUGUGUUAUCCCGAUGGUAAGAGAAAUCACAUACUUAGUAACUUGCAGUUUCCUGCAGUAACAUAAAAAAAUUCUGGUCACAAAAGUUAUCUUUCAAGUGACCUUUUCGCCAAAUUCUAAUACUAAUGCUCUCUAAGAGUAUUUUUAGAUAAUUGAGAAUAUUCGUUUAGAAUGCAUUAUUUACCUUCAGAUGCAAACUUUUACAAUACAGCCGAUCCCGUUCAAAUUAUAUUGCCUCGUUCAUCGUUCUGAAUAUUAAAAACGUACAAUCUAGCUUACGCGACUACAAAAAUAGUGAUCGACGUUAAUUUUCAAUACCUAUAAUAACAUGAAAGUCGUAUGUAUCCCCAUACGCUACUCUAAAUCCAUGCCGCGGCAGCUUGAUGUUUCAUUCAGAUUUCAGACAACCCGGGGCUGCCAGGCUGAACAAGCUCAUUCGUCAAACAGGUCUUAUCUUUUAAAAAAGCAAAAAUUCUCAGGUAUACUCGAUAAACGCCAAAUCGCAGUUCUGUCCGAUUAUAACGCGUGCCGACGUAACAACCCUAAUUUUAAAGCUGAGUCGAAUUGGAGACUCCUUCUGAAGGAACCUAAAUAAAUAUUUUAAUUAUUUCGCUCAAGUCAUGCUACUAUUUGAAAAACGAAGAUUGGUAUUUGAUCUCAUAUAUAUUUUUAUAUUCUAGAUUUAAUUUUAAGAUAGUUUCAAAUGUAAGUUACGUUUGCAAUUAUAUUACAUGUAAUUAUGUAAAAUUACAUAUAUGUAUAACUGUGUGUAUUGCAUUACCUUUAUUAAAGUGUGUAGCAAUUACUUACUAGUGACCUUUUUUCCUUUUAAAAACGGUUACAAACCUUAAGGUGAAUAACCUUUUUUGACUAUAAAACAUUGUUCGUAUCUUAUUUUUUAUACUAUAAUAAGAGGAAUUGUGCAUAUUUGUAAAUGACUGUGUAGAGAAUUCGGUCCCUUACCAUAUUUUUAGAGAAAAUUCAUACUUGAAAAUUACUUGAACUUUAUUUUGGUAACUGGCGUGAAGUAUUUAUUUGGUGCGUAUUAUUUUUAUAUAAAAAUUGUUUAUGGGGACCUACCUGUGAUGUUAGUACUAGAAGAUCCGUUAGAUGCUAAAAAUUAAGUGAUUUUCAUAUUUCAUUAUUAAUUUUUGUACCUAUAUUGUCUGGUACUAGGCUGUAGGAAUGUAGCAUAUUGUUGCAAAAUAAUAUGUGACGAAAAUAUGUAGGUAUUUGUGGUUUACAUUCUUAAAUCAAUCAAUAUUUACCGAAUUUAUUAUUAUUUGAAAUGAAAUAUGAUCCCAAAUUAUAAAGUUUGACUUAAAUUUAUUGACUUUAUCUAACUCUGGUACUUACCUAGUACCUACUGGCUGUACCCCUCAGUUCCAAAGGAACCUGAACCCCAGUAAAAACGGUGGCACCUAGCUCCUACUCGAAAGUACAAUUUUAAUCUCAUCAACAUUAUUUUAUGUUAAAAAUUGUAUAUUUAUAACCAUAAUCUCUGUCUGUCGACCAUUAGGUAACCUUCUGAGCUGGCAAUAAGAUUCAAUAUUGAGGCGGGGUUGAGGGAAGUCUUACUACAAACGAGAAGAAUGUUUGCAUUUUUAUACUGACCAUUGUUCCUUUUUCCAAGUUUAUAAGAAAAUUUAAUGAAAUUGAUGAAAUUCCAGUAAAAGAAGUUCCUUUUUAUAUCAAUAUAUUACUUAGUUUACAAUACCUAGGAUCGCUUAAGUACCUACCUACUGUAGCUAAAGCAAUUUAAGUUCUUUUAGUCUUAUGUUUAUAUAUGUUUAUGAGAAAUAAAUACCCAUAUUUUUAAUAAAGAAUCUUAUUGUAAA